AUGUGUGAGCAAACCCACUACCGAGCCCAGCCGUGCUCUGGCACCAACCCCAGGAAAUGCCAGGAACUAGGAGACUCAAUUCUUCUGAUCCUGGGCAGCUUCAUCUUGCUCAACGUGGGGAUCAACGUGGUGACUCUGCUCUGGAGGCAUCUGAAGAGCUCCUUGCGGACACUCUUCCGUCACGUUUUCCCCAAAGACAAGGAAGCCAGCUGUGUAGGCAGCCAUCGCAUGUGCGUGCGCUGCUCCGUGGAUCCCAAGAACCUGUGCUCAAGAGUUCCUUCCCGCUUCCGCCAUCGCCCAAGCUUCCUGCUCGGGCACCCAAACCACCUUGACUCGUGGAUGCCAGACACAAAACAUGAGAAGGCUUCUGGGUGCUGCUGGAGGCCGCCUCAGUGUGGACGGGCUGGGGCUCCCAUGGAGGCUCCACGGGGACUGUGGAAGGAGGGGGUAGUGGGCGCUGGCGAGGCCCCUCCGGUCACAGCCUUAAAGUCCCGAGCCACCUUUUACUCCAGGCAAGAGACAUCUUCCAAGCUCCGCAGGAUGAGCAAGGUGGACGUGCUUCCACUCCGCCUGCCCCAAGAGAGCAAGACGAAGACCCCAGACUAUGACCCAGCCCAGGCCCCAGCCCGGGCCCAGACCCGCCCCCCAGUUCAGCCCCCUGCGCAUGCUCCUGCCAAGGCCCAGACCUUCUCCUCAGCCCACCCCCCUGAGCACACCCCCCCCCAGGCCGAGAGCUGCUCCCGAGGCCACGCCCAUGAGCACACUUCCGCCCAGGCCCAGGCCUUCUCCCCAGUGGACCCCACUGAGCGCACACCUGCCAAGGCCCAGAACUUCUCCUCAACCCACCCCUCUGAGCACGCCCCACCUCAGGCCCAGACAUGCUCCACGUUCCACCCCCCUGAGCACACCACCCCCCAGGCCCAGACCCCCUCCCCAGCCCUCACCCCUGGGGGCAGCCCUGCCCAGGUCCAUGGCCCUGAGCAUACCUCAGCCCAUACCCCAGCCCCGGCCCAAGCCCAGGCCCCCUCAAAUGCCUCAGCCCAGUCCCUGGGCCACACUUCUGUCUGCACCCUGACCCAUGCUCAUCUGACCUAUACCCAUGCCAACACUCUGGUCCCUCCCCCACCUUCGGCCCCAGUCCCUCCCCCAACUUCUGCCCCUGCUACUACUCCUGCCCUAGCCCCUACACCAGCCCCUGUCCCGAUCUCUGCCACAACCUCUGUCCCAGCGCUGGUCAUGGCCCUGACGACCACUCCAGUCCCUUCCACCACCCCUACCCCCACCCUAGCUUCUAUUCCCUCUACCUUGUCUGCCUUCAGCCAAGGCCUCUCCUCCGGCCAGGUGGUCUACGAUGCCCGCAGGGUAAAGCAGAACGUGGUCCAUGUGUGUCCCCCUCAGAACUCUGGGUACUCCAGAAAGGACUUGGGUACCGUCUCCAGGCCCCAAGAGGGGCAUGGUCUGGUGAGCUCUGGUACAGCUGAGCAAACACUGAAGCAAUGUAGUGGGGACAGUGCCAAGCCCUCCACAGGAUCCAUACUGGGUUACCUGGAGUCGGGGAAUAUGGAAUGGAAGAUCUCAAAUGAUGCCAAAGACAAAUUUGUGCAGUCCAAGACCUUCCCUUACUGCAGCUUCCAUCCUUGCAGUUCUGAGAAGAGAAACACGGACCCCCAGGCUCCAGUCUACCCCAAAUUCCUGGUGUAUUCCAAGGAUGCUGCACCUUCUCAACCUUGCUUCCAUUCUCCAACCAGUGCCCAGAGCUCACCAUGCGCCAUGCCUCCACCAUGCACUCUUUCUCUGCCUCUUGUUUCUCCCAGAUCCUUUGUCCUUCAUCAACACAGCAACCACCAGAAGCCCUCCGCCUUAAUACAACCCCCCAACUUUCCCCCAACCUCCAAGUCUCCUCCGUCUGUCCUCUCUUCCCAGGGCCCCAUCCCUCCCCAGUUAUCCACGACGUCCCAAACCCCAAACCAGCCCCAACCCCCUGAACUUCGUGAGAGUCUAGACCUCAACCAAGGCUCUGUCCUCCAAAGGACCCCAGGCCCUGCAAAAGAUUCCAGAAACCCAGGCCUUACCCCAAAUCCAGGCCUCCACAAGAACCCUCUAGGAACUGACUCUGUCCAAGCUUUGGGCCCACAUCAGACCCGAAAGUUAUUUAGAUCUGAGGCAGGUCCUCGAAAGGAGGAUGCAGGGCAGCACAUACCAGGGACUUCUGUCCCACCCAGUCAGAACUCCUGCUCUCCCAAGGCUCAGGUGACCUACAAUGACCUGCAAACCUUCUCAGAGGUACCUGUGCUGAUUGAGCUGCAAUCAUCCUCCCGGCGAGCAGGCGGCCAAGACUGGGUGUACCACCCCAUGGAUACAGUUCCUCCAGCCUGCCAGAACUAUCGCCAGAUGUCUACGCCUCCCAAGACCAGCUGGAAGCCCUACUGUCCUGGGUCAGGCACCCGGCUAGGGCAUGUGGUCUUUGACGCCCGCCAGAGACAGUUCAGAGCGGGCAGGGACAAAUGCGAAGCUCUGUCUCCCAGGCGCCUUCACCGAGAGACAUCCAACAACUCACCGGAGACCAUCAAGGAGUGGGGAUAUCAGGGGACAGAUAUGCAUGAGGAAUAA